AGGUACACAGAGUGCGGAAGGAUAUUUAGAGACGGGAAGAAUGGUAGGCGCCAUGUCUCUGCGACCAAGGAUUCUCUCUUCUUUUGUUGGAGACCGCUUCCUUCAUUCAACGCCGCCUCUUCACCAACUCUUCCGCUACAACCCAGGAAGCAAGCAUGUGACAUUGCAGUUAUCCAGAACGCUUUCUGGCUUAACCAACCUUUUAUUCAAUAGAAGAAAUCUAGAUGAAUUGUCAAAUAACAAGCGUAAAAGUCUAAAGCCUGGGAAAGUGUCUCCUCGUCGACCUGUUCCAGGUCAUAUACUGAGGCCUCCUUACGUGAAAUCUAAGCAGCCACCUGGAAUUGCAAGUGGACCUGAAGUGCAUGAUGAGAAGGGGGUUGAAUUCAUGAGAGCUUCUGGAAGGCUUGCAGCACAGGUUCUUGAAUAUGCUGGGACUUUAGUCAAGCCAGGCAUAACGACAGAUGAAAUUGACCAAGCUGUUCACCAAAUGAUAAUUGAUAAUGGGGCUUAUCCCUCACCUCUUGGCUAUGGUGGGUUUCCAAAGAGUGUAUGCACGUCAGUGAAUGAAUGCAUUUGCCAUGGAAUACCAGAUUCCCGUGCUCUCGAGGAUGGUGAUAUUAUCAAUAUUGAUGUUACGGUUUAUCUAAACGGGUAUCAUGGGGAUACAUCAGCAACAUUUUUCUGUGGAGACGUUGAUGAAGAGGCCAGACAGCUAGUCCAGGUGACUAAAGAAUGUCUAUAUAAAGCAAUAUUGAUAUGUGCACCAGGAGUUGAUUUCAAGAAAAUUGGAAAGACAAUUCAUGACCAUGCAGAUAAAUAUCAUUAUGGCGUUGUUCGACAGUUUGUUGGCCAUGGGGUUGGGCGUGCAUUUCAUGCUGAUCCAGUUAUUCUACACUUCAGGAACAAUGAUGCUGGACGCAUGAUGUUGAAUCAAACCUUCACAAUUGAACCAAUGCUUACAAUAGGUAGCAGUAAUCCUUUGAUGUGGGAUGAUGACUGGACAGUCGUUACAGAAGAUGGGAGCUUGUCAGCACAAUUUGAACACACGAUUCUAAUAACCCAAGAUGGAGCUGAGAUAUUGACACAGUGUUAAAAUUAUUGUUUGUAACUUUCCUUUCUUCAAAAUUUUUAUUCAUUUAAACAACUCUAGAUUUAUGUUGUCCAUCUUCUGGUUUCAUCUGCUACAUUUCUUCCAGCCUCUCUUAUUAUUAUGGGCAUACAGACAAGAAUUUGGUUCAAUUUCUUGUUGCAUAUCAUCAAUAUUUGGUCUUCAGAAGAAAAUAUGUAUUCUUUCUCAGUUUUCUUU